GGCGGGCCCGCGCGGAGACUUGGCGUUCUGGUUGCGGGGCAGCGCGGAGCUCCGCGCAGUUUUAGUUAUGAGUGACCAGCCAAUGCCAUCUAUGUUGGACCAAGGAUUAACAAAAACAUACCAGAUUCCUAUUGGUCAUCUGGACUACAAAUUCAUUGAGAAAUGCACAGAUGUGAAACACCUCGAAAAGAUUCUGAAGAUAUUAAGGUCUGGUGAGGAAGGGUAUUACCCCGAUCUCACAUUAUUUUGUGAAAAGCGCAUUGAAUGUUUAGCUCCUGGGAGCAGAGUCCUUCGAAAAGAUAAACCUGCAGCCACUGCGGCUGACUUUACAACUGAAGAAUGGGAAGAAAUAAAUGGUGAAAUUAAGAGCUGGAUGACAGAAAUGCAAGAAGAUUAUAAAAUACAGCUUCCUAAAACCCAAAUACUUCAUGAGAGACUGGACAAUUUGCCACCAGUUCGUGGUUCAGAUAGCUGUGUUCCUAUUGGCCAAAAUCAAGGUUCAGGAAAUAAACAAAGAAAGAAGAAGAAUAUACCACGGGAUUACAGGGAAUGGGACAAAUUUGAUGUGGAAAAAGAAUGUUCCAAAAUUGAUGAAUGCUAUGAAGAAAAUAAUUCAAAAUCAAGUCUUCUUACCAGUUCAAGUGGGCCCAAAAUUGAGACGACAAUAGAUAUAACAGGUAUGUCUCAGAGAGAGAAAUUCUUUAUUGCGAAUCGUGAAAAAGAAAAAGGUAAUGAAGCUUUUGCCACUGGGGACUACAAAGAAGCAGUGACAUAUUAUGCUCGGAGUAUAUCAGUAUUGCCAACUGCGGCUGCAUAUAACAACAAAGCUCAAGCAGAAAUCAAACUUAAGGACUGGCACAGUGCUUUGCAGGAUUGCGAGAAAGUAUUAGAUAUGGAGCCUGGCAACCUAAAAGCUCUUAUGCGCCAUGCCACUGCAAAUAAACAUCUACAGAAUUACCAGGCAGCUAUAGAGGAUUUGACCGAAGUAUUGUACAUUGAACCAGAAAAUGCAGUAGCCAAGAAAAAUCUGUUGGAAAUGGAACAGAAACUUAAAGAUAUAAAGCCUGUAUCCAAGACCCAUACUAAACGACAAAGAAUACUUAUUCAAGAUAUAGAGAACUCAAAUGGGAAAGAAGAAUGUGAAAGAGGCAGUGGAGAUAAAAAAACUGGUGUGCUAGUGCAGGAAGAGAUUGCAACUGAGAAGAGUGAAAUGGGGAAUGUACAAAAAAAGUUUACCAGCAAAGGAGAUGGCUGUAGGUCAGACGAUAAGGAGACACAGAAUCAGAGGGAGCAUCCUGAGAGUGGAGCAAAAAAAGGCAGAUCUGAAAACAGGACAUCUAAACAUUUACCAGAUCGAGAAGCUGAAGUUAAUGGCUAUUUGAACAACAAUAAAAAAAAGAGUGGGAACAGUAACAUUAAGGAGGAGAACCCCAGAUCGUGUGGGACAGUGUCUUCAUCUUCUGGAAAAAACAUUUCUACUUUGCUUCCUCCUACUGCAGCAAAACUAAAAAGUGAAGGAAAUGAGUUAUUUAAGAAUGGACAGUUUGGAGAGGCUGUGUUGAAAUACUCGGAGGCAAUUGAAAGUGCCGUCAAUUUAGGAGUGCAAAAUCCAGAUGAUUUAAGUAUCUUAUACUCAAACAGAGCAGCAUGUUACCUAAAAGAAGGCAACUGCAGUGACUGCAUUCAAGACUGUAACAGAGCUCUGGAACUUCAACCAUUUUCACUUAAACCUCUCCUGCGAAGAGCGAUGGCAUAUGAGUCCAUGGAGCGGUAUCGGCAAGCUUAUGUUGAUUUUAAAACAGUUCUACAGAUAGACAGUGGGAUCCAGGCAGCAAAUGACAGUGUUAAUAGAAUAACAAGAACUCUAAUAGAUCAGGAUGGUCCAAGUUGGAGGGAGAAGCUAUCACCAAUUCCAGUUGUCCCUGUUUCUGCUCAACAGCACAGAUGGGAUGGAGGAACCUUUACUUCAGAGACUAAGCAAAAGAGCGUCACAGAUGUCAGUGGAGAUAAACAGCUGCAGAUCAACAGUGAAAAAACUGAAGAGAGGUUCAGAAUCCUGAAGACUGAAGGGAAUGAAUUAGUAAAGAAGGGUAAAUAUAAUGAAGCUGUAAUAAAGUACAAUGAGUGCAUGAAGUUGAACUCCCAGGAGAGUGCUGUCUACACUAACAGAGCUCUCUGUCACCUGAAACUGUGUAAAUACGAAGAGGCUAAACAGGACUGUGAUCAUGUUCUUCAAAUAGAAGAUACUAAUAUUAAAGCAUUUUAUAGGCGAGCUCUAGCAUACAAAGGACUACAGAAUUACCAAGCCAGUGUUGAUGAUCUCAGAAAAGUACUUUGCAUAGAUCCUAAUGUUGCUGAAGCAAAGAAAGAACUAGAGGAAAUAACCCAAUUUCUUAACCCUAACCCUAAUGUCACAGCCAGCAGCCAACAAAAGCAAAGAAAGAAAAUCAAAAUUCAUGAGGUGACUGAGAGCAACAAACAGGAGAGCCAGGUCAGUACUUCAGAGGAUGCUAUGAUUAAUCACAUACCUGUUGAAGGAGGAGCAGAAAAGUGUGCACCAUUGAAAAGGUCUGAAAAACUGCUCAUUUCAGAACCAUCUACUGCCUAUGACUUCGGUCAGAGCAUAAAUGCUGUGAAUGCCCAGAAGGAUAAAGCAGCCUGUGCAGAUCUUCUAAUGAUCAUCAACCCCCCAAAAUUGCCAAUGCUGCUAAGUAACAAGCUAGAUGGGGAUACGUUUCUGAUCUUUAUCCAGGCACUGGAAUGCUAUAUACUUGGGAAAGAUCCUGGUCUUGUCUAUCAGCACCUUUUCUAUCUGAGUAAAGCAGAAAGGUUUAAGGUGGUGCUGACCCUUCUUAGCAAAAAUGAAAAAGAACAAGUUCGGCUUCUGUUUGAAUUGCUUUCAGAAAAGCAUAAUCAUCAGUUUUCAUCAGAAGACCUGGAGAGCCUUAAAAGGGUUUAUGAACUUUAAACAGAACUUGAUUUUACAAUUUUUUCUUGCUCCAUACGGCUGAGGGUAUGAAUGGAGGUAUGAACUGCAGAUUUGCAUGGGAAGAACUUGGUCUGUUAUCUGAAUUGUUCAGCUGCUGUAUUUUUUACAGUAUGUGCACAUCUAAUGUUUGCUGCUCUUUUGUCUUGUAGUUAUAUACAUUUUAACCCCAGUUGAGUUCUAAUGCAUGUCUGUAUUUAAUAACAUAGGUGAUAUUUGAGGAUAUGUUGAUUUAAUAAGAAUGUAUCAAUUAAAUGUAUAAAAAUAUCUUAAGUCCUACAAUAACUAUCAAGAGUUUUAGCUAUUCAUUUAUUAUAAGGUAGAUCAUAUUUUCUUGGGUAAAGGCAAGUCCUCAAGAUAAAUGGGUUAUUAGGGAUAAUGUUGCUGAAAUAAUUUUACAGAAGGUGUUAACUUUUUUCCCCCUGAUUUGUAAAGUAACUACUGUAUUACAUAUUUGUUCUCAUGGAAUGUACAAAAACAGUUAAAUAUUUUUUGUGCAAUACAGUUUAAAAGCAAACAUGAAUAAAAAUAGAUUAGUUUGUUA